GGAUAACAUAAGAAGCAAUAUCCUAUAAGUUCACAAAUGUCAUCCCUAGAUAUCACCACCGUACCGUUUUAUGGGUCACUUGUUUAUCGUUGUAGAUCUAUGUAAUACCAAAAAGGAGAAACUGCAGUUUUUAGCGUUAUUAGUGUGUGGUAUUUGAAGUUGCGGUUAGUACGUGAAAUUCUUUGGUAAAAUCUUCGCAAGUGAUUGUCUAUACUGGCCCUGUCCCUGUCAUCACUGACCGCGUAGCUGGAGGCUUUCAGUAUCAUGCUUGCAUCUCAGCAGUUUUGUGUGAAGUGGAAUAGUUAUACCACUAACUUGCAAAAUGUGUUCCCACGACUUCUUUCCUCGGAACACUUUGUCGACCUCACUCUUGCGUGUGAAGGUCGGAUGAUAAAGUGUCACAAAGUCGUGCUGUCAGCAUGCAGCACAUAUUUCGAAAAGAUGCUUGUGAACAAUCCGUGUCAACAUCCAAUCAUAUUCAUGAAGGACAUGAAACACUGGGAGGUGCAGGCACUUGUUGAUUUUAUGUACAAGGGGGAGGUGAAUGUGAGUCAGGAUGAAUUGAAUUCACUAUUGGAGGCAGCCGAAGCAUUGCAGAUACGGGGGCUGUGUGGGUCUGAUCAGUCAACUUCAACAGCAGCAGCUGUGCCUCGUUCCAAUCCUCCCCAGGAUUCUGGGUCUGUGUCAACUGCAACACCAAGUGACCGGGACUCACCACCAGCAAAGAGGCCUCGUAGGUCGGCGGAUGAGGAUGACAGUGGAGGAACUGGUCCAGUGCUAGACAGUGGGCUGACAGAGAGAGAAAGGAGUAGCAAUGGUGCUGCUGUGUGUGAGAAGAAGGACAUAAAACAAGACAUAAAGCAAGAGCCAGACACAGACGAUAACUUUGCAGAAACAGAAGUUGAUGAUGAGAGACAAGAUGAUCAUUACGCCAAUCAUGAACCUCAGGAUGAUUCGGACAGCAAAGACCCUCCACCAUCUCCUCUGGAUGUACCUGGUCCAUCAGGGCAGUCCAUCAUUUCUUCUCACCAUGCGGUCAACAGUGAAAAAUCAACAACAGAUCUGGGUUCAGCACUAGCACUGCAGAAUGUGAUGUGUGUCCUGAAGCCACAGCAACAGGCUCAAAUGCAGCAAUCUAUGCCACAGUUUGCAGCCAUAUUGCCAGCACCCAGUGGGAACAGCAGUCUCAGCAACAGUGCUGACAGUAAGGAUAUUAGUCACAUUUCAGCUGCAUUACAGCAUUCUACUCCCACAGUGCGAGUUCGCCGUUCAGAAGAAGAACUACAAAAGGCAGCGGAGUGUGUGCAGAAAGGGAUGACCUUCCAGAAUGUUUCAGACAUAUUUAAUAUUCCAAUCUCGACAAUACGUUUCUACAUGGCACGGCGAGGCAUACUUCCACAGAGACGGCGGGGCCGUGUUUCAAAUUCUGGAGCUACGCCAGUUGCCUCGGCACAUGCACAGCCACCUUCGUACAUGCUAUUGCACUACAAACUGCCUGAUAUGGGCCAAGGUCAACAGCAGUUGCCAGCUCCUGGCCAGGUCCAUAUUCAGCAGCAACAGCAACAACAGCAACAGCAGCAGCAGCAACAGACUUCUGGAACUGUCACUGUGCCAACAACUGCCUCUGUUGGAUGGAAGACUUCAGAUAAUUGAACCAGAACACUAUAUUGGUAUGGGCUGGUGAGUCUCACCUGACUUGUAGACAGCCUGACAGCAGACAUGCUAUGAUAUUUAGUUCCCUGUUCAUUUUCAGACUUCAUGCCAUUUGUGACUCAGACAUUGCGUUUUACCACUUAAAAACUGAGAUGUAAGUUCUGUUAUAAGCAGCUGUUCACAUAAUUUCUACUUUUUAGAACCAUAUAAGUUAACAGAAUGUAAUAUUUCUCGAGUUUUGUUUUUGAGUAUGAGGUGAUGUGUUUAAAAUUGAAGAACUGGAGCAUCAUUUUGAGUAGGUUAUACAUUUCAUGCUGUACUGUAAAUAGUAUCACAAGAGACAAAAACAUUGUAGGUUAGUGAAAGAAAUAUUUUAAUGCAGUUUGGAAGAAUUUUUGCUGGUAUAUUCCUGCAUUUUAAUGAACUUAACUGGAAGGGAGGGUAGAUAGGACAGAAUUUUUUUUAAUUUUUUCCUCUCUAUGCUGUAUCAUGCUGUAAAUUGUGUUGCGCAUAGAAAAUAUAUUUAUUAGGUUUCUUUUUUUUUUCUUUUUUUUUCCUUGCAGAGUUUUUUCUCUGAUAUGUCACCUUAACUGUGCAUGCAUUUUUGCUACUGUAUUUGUGUGAUGUGAAUCUCGUUUGUAACUUUACUCUUUUUUUUUAUUGCUGAUCUGAAAUAUAAUUAAUGGAGACAUUAAGCAUUAGUCUGUAGAUUAAUGUUGUUAAUGCUGUUUUGUAUUUUCUCAGUUAUCUUGUAACAGUUAAACAUUUUAGUUGUUGCAAAUUUGUUUCAUGUGUCAGUGGCAAAUGGGCACAAAGUACAUUUGUGAAUGUCCAGAUGAGGAUAUAAUAUUGAAUGAAAGAUAGCCAUGACCAGUCAUGAAGUCAUAGUAAUUUGGUGGCUGUUGGUAGACAAAUAUCACAACUGUGAGUAUCCAUAGUGGUUUAUGGCUAAACAGUUACACACUAGCCAUGAAUAUUUACAGAUUUCUGUUUUAAAGAAUUUAUGGACUGUCUUCUGAAUUUUUGUGUUUUUAAAACAGUAUUUUCUGUGCAACUGAGAGGUCUACUCAUUCUCUAUAGCGUAUUCUUCAUCGUACAUUCAAUGUAUUUGGUUAUUAAAUUACUUAGCACAAAUAUGUUAAUCGUGGCUUCCUGCCAAUGGAGGUUUUUGCUCACCAUUAAUGAUGACAGUGCAGUACUUAACUAAUAAUUUUUCUAAGUAUUGAAUGGUCAUGGCUUUCUGCUGUACCAUAUUUAUUGUGUGAGGCACAUUUGUAUGGAAGGUAAUUAAUGUUUUCAUAUAUGAACUAUUUUUAUUAGAGUUCUGCACAUUGUUGGAGUAGCCUGAAGAGUACUGUGUAAACAUGUCGGAACAGCAUACACCAAAUGAUAUUACAUGUACAUACUGUUGUCCUGUACCAGAGCACCAUUCUUUGGUAUGUUGAUGUCAGCUUGCAAUUUUCAGUGGUUGCAAUAUAACACUACUCGCAUGCUUCUGCUCCUGGAACAAGUGUCUACUUAUAAUAGGGAAGUUAUAAGUAGUUGUUGGCCUUUGACAGGAAAUUGUAUUGGAUGUUAAGUAACUGUAGAGGCAAUAAGUGUUUAUUUUGGUUUGUUUUGAAAUGUUUAAAGGGGUACACGUAGCUGCAGCAUUGUUGGCAUUACCUGUAACAUUCUAUUGGGUGGUCAACCAGUAUAAUAUUUAUAAAAGUUUAAAAUUAUUUGUCUGAUAGUCCAGUAGGCAACCUUGAAAAUGCUGUAAUUAUUUCAAGACACUUUGUGUUACACCUAGUUUUAAAAUAGUUUUGGACAAUUGGUACUUUUAAUGUCUCUUGUACCUUUGGAGUUAAAGCAACAUAUUGAAGUUGAAAUUGAAAAAUGUUUUGCAACAUAGUAUGAGUGAAGUGUGGGUUGACUCUUCAAAGGAAGAAGAAGAUGAUGAUGAACUGAAAAAUGUCAAUUUGCAGUAUUAAUAGUGUUCUGAAAGUAGAGGCUUUUGUUUGUUACAUUGCUUUUUUGUUGUUAUGCUUUCUUAUCACUGUUGAAUACCCACAGAGAAAACUGCAGGCCACUGGAUUUUUGAAGAUGGCAAUUAAUUUAAGGAUGGAAAUGGCUAACAACUCAGAGAAGUAGUAUGCCGUUAACAGUUGUUUCAGUUUUGUGAUGGUGAUUAGUCGGUAAAUGCUUUUCAGAGAGAUCAAUGAACUCAGUAUUCAAUUGUAACAUAUUCAGAAUGAAUUGUUGUGUAGUCAGCAACCAAUAUUUGUUGCAGAAUGUGUCUUGUGUGGCAUUUGUAAGUGAAACUGUAUAUGUGAAACUAGUAUUAACUCUUAAGUAGAAACAUAGAUAAUAUUUUCAGUAUUUGUUUUAUUGCUUGCUGGACAGUUUUUACUAGCCUGUUAAAAUGUCAUAAGCAACUGAACUGUGUGUUGUCUUUGGUCUGUUGACAGAGAAAGGUUGAUUUUAUACAAACAGCUUGAAGUGUUGUGUUCGAGUGGUAUUGUGUAAUUAUAUAUAGACUUAUGAUUCACUGUUAUAACAAGUGGAUUGUCAAAUACCUCAUACUGAAAAAAAGUGUUUAUCUUUUUUAUAGAAUGAAACUAGUUAUUCAGUAUUUAUCAAAGUCAUUAGUAUCUGGUAAAAUUUACUGAAUGUCAAACAUGAAAUCUUAAAAAAAUGCCUAAAGAUAGGGAAAAAGCCCUAGAAAGCAAAGUGAUAGCUGGGGUAGGGUUGGCUAAAUGUGCAGAAGCAAAUAAUUAAUACUGAACUUCUGAAAUGGAAUCUUUCACAUUUGAGUCAUAACAACUUCUUCUCAUAAUAACAGAAAGGAGGAAAAUAUAGCAGAGAUAUUUCAGAAAAUGAUUAAUUGAAUGUAUUUAAAAUAAAAGUUUUAAAGGACUCCACUGAUAGCAAUUAAAAUUUGAAAUAAAGCUGAGACCUAAACCAGUCUAUAAUAACAUGUAUAGGGAUGUGGUAAUUGGAUGCUGCUCACAUUCUAGAACUCAGUGUGACAAGCUCAUCUUUUACUGUGCAUGGUAAACUACUCGAACUUAUCUCAAAUUUUAAUGCUCUGUGCUCCCCUCUCCCAACUGUACAACCUUUCUCACAUUAAAGAAAGCGCGUUCUGAUUGUGAAGAAAAAACAUUUUUUUAUGAAAAAAACCUGAAAUUAAACAAUUCUUUUUUCUGUAUUUGACAGCACAUGUGGGGGAGGGGAAGUUAUUUAUUGUCAAACUUGCCUCAGGUAUCAGACAUUGAAUAGGGCUGUUUUUGCUUUAUAUUUCUGAGGAUUGCUGCUUCAGUAAUUCUUUACUGUGAUGUACUGUACUGUAACAUAAUGUGUUACAGGCUAUCUGACAUACUAGUACAAAGUUUGAACUAUUGUUAUGACCAGGUAUCAGUGAUUGCUUGUAAAAACAGGUUAGGGGCAUAAGUGAAAAAGAUGUUAAUAUUGAUGGUUUAUUUUGUCUGCUACUGUGCAGUUUGUAUCAGAGAUUUACUAGCAUAUGUUAGUGCCUCAGAGAUGUAUGCCAUUCAGUAUGUUUGUGCUUGUUGACUAUUUAUUGUGUAUGGGAUUAAUAUAAAGUGAUUGUUUUAUAUCUGUUUGAGGUUGGCUAUAGGUCUUCACUGUGCAAGGCUAAUUUACAGUUAUCAGACUUCCAGACCUACAUUUAAGCCUGGUAUGAUGAUAUUAGUUUGGAGAACACUUAAUGGGUUAUAAAAUUAAUGUUUUAUUACCUCUUGCCUUAGUGAUUAACUUCUGGUUAACUCAACUGUACGUAUCAUAAUCAGUCUUUGACAAGUUCGUGAAGAUAAUUGGCAAUUGACAAGUUCAUGAAGUACCACAUUUCUGAUAUUUGCUGCCCAGAUAAUAUUGAAUAUGUAUAGCCAAUACAUGCCAAUUACAUCAUUAAUUUCAGUUUGUCUCUCUGACAUUAAUAAUUCUUUUUUUCAUAUUUCAAGGAUAAGGACUAGAGAGGAUAUCAAUAUUUCAAAUCUGAUUUUCUGAAUAAUUCCGCUGCUGCGUAUAAACCAUUCAUUUGCUGAUAAUUCAGUUACAAUAUUCAGUCAUUAUCAAAGAUUCAAUAGCAAUAUGAAUGUAUUAGGGGUGAGGAAGGAAGCUUAUGAGGACUAUGAUGAUCUAACAAUCUUCUUGCCCUUUUGGAAAUGCACACAAUGUUACUUCUUUUUUCUGAAAGAUUUACAUAAAUUACACACAAGGAACUUCUCUAAACUGUCAUCACUCAUCAGCAGCCUGACUGGAAAAGACAGAAGUCAGCCGAAUAUGUCGGCCAACUUUGUAAUAUAAAUGAAACUGUAAAACUGUAUCUGUCCUCUUGUAAUUAAACGGAGGAACAAUUUUCCCACUUUUCAACGUACUUAGUACUCCACUAGAAUUAGAGUUUGAAAUAAAAUGAAACUGAUAAACCUCAAAGUGUAUUGUUAGUAAACGGUUGUCACAAACCAGCUUGAAAUUACAUGUGGUGUAUUGGGUCACACUUUGCUCUCUUUUUCCCCUGCUAGUUAUCUUGAUUAUGUUGUUCAGUGUCAGCAGAGCUUCUUCUCAACAUGGUGACACAUACAGCUGUGACACAGAAAAAUUAUCAGCAUCUGUCUCAGUUUUUGGUAUUUCAUGUGAAGCAUGUAGAGCCAUUCCAGCUCAUACAGUGAAAACAGAAUAUAUGAAUAUAUUUUAAUAUCUUUUAGCUGUCAAGUAAUAUUAUAACCUCUAUAAAAUUAAGUAUACUGUAGUAGGGUAAAUAAAACUACAUAAUGGUACUGGUAUAUAAGCAGACCAUAAAUCCAUUUUCCUCAUAUACUUUUUUUUAUAAAAUUAGCAUCACUGCACUGCAAAAAUUAAGAACAGUAAAUUUGAAAACAAAAAUAACAGUAUGAUUUGUGCUGCUACCACUGCAGCAAGAACGUUGCUUUAAGGAAAGUUUAUUCCCUUUGUUUGAAGGUGUUUCAAUGUCAGAAUGAAACAUUUUUGGCUCUAUUGCGUACUUAGUGAAUGUCCCAUCUUUUGUGGGAUCUGUACAUGUCUCACAUGAAUAGUUAGCAAAAACUGUAUAUCUGGCAGCAUGAAUUGAGUCAGCAGUUAACAAGGUGCAGUUGAAUAGCAGACUAAUAAACUAAACAUCUGCCCUUAUCCUGUGGUAUUAAGUGAAUUAUAUCAGAUUAUUACUAGCAAAUCAUUGGUACAUGUUUAUGUAACAAAAUGUCUGUUACUGCAGUUAAACAGCAGCUUAUUUCUAGUCCUUUGCAGUAAAGUUUUUCCAUACUCAGGAGUAAUUCAAAAGACAAUCAGAUUUCACAUCUUUAAUGACACUUACUUCACUACAACAUUGGUAAUAAUAUAGUGUAUUUUGUUCAGUUUGCUGUUUGUUGGGAAAAAUCUCUAUUUUAUCAAACAAUAUGUUGUUGUAUUUCAAAAUGUGUCAAUAUUUUUCUUGAGUUAUUGUCAGAUGCAAGAAUGUGUGUGUAUGAGGUAUGCAUAGGUAGUCUUAAUUCGUAUAAAGCUGUAGAAAACAUAUAUGCCAAAAUAUUUAGUAAUACAUUUUCAUGAAUUCAAAUGUAAUUUUGAAUGAUGGAGAAAAAGAUAAGAAACUGGAUGAAGUAUUUUUGUAUUGGUUGCAUGUGACACAUUUCAUCGUACUGCAACACAGUUGAAAUAUUGGAAGAUGUUUAUGCAAAUUUUAGCCAUAUUGUUCAGCCAGCUAUGCUUUUCAAUGGCUCAUUAUUUUAUACAAUGUAGCAUAUGGUGCCUGUUGUAUUGUGACUCUACUGGAGAUUUUUGCUGGGGUAACAGAUUUUUUUGUGAACAGGAUUCACAUUUCAUGAUUCAGGGCCCCUGGUGCCUUAUCAAUCUUUGUUUACAGGUACUCUUGCAGCACAAUACCAUUUGCAAAGACUGUUAAAUGGUACUUUUAUAAAGCAUAUUGGUAAUAUGUAAAACAUUGCAAUAUAAAUAUCUUCAUCAUUCUUUACUGUGAUAAAAAGUUACUUUUACCACAUACUCAGUUUGUUCAGGCAGCGGGUGAAUGACAAGUGUUACAUUAGACACACAGGAAACAAAAUUUCGAAAGACUAUUUUAUAUUAUGCCGUAGAAUUAAUUAAUACUUAUAGCAUCAGAACAGCACUGGUUUUUGUACAUAACUGCCAUGUAUUUCGCAUUUGCUACGAAAUGUCUUGUACGUUAAUAAUAGGCUAAACUGUAAAUGCUUAUCAGAAAAUGAUUAUAAUCAAUUUACAUGACAAAUUAUAAUAUUAUAUUAUUCAAUUCACUAUUUAUUUUGAAUAUCUGUUGUUUUACUGACUUUCUAUCUUUCAUUUGAUUUGUGUAUUGGAAUAACUUCAUUUUGGAGUAAAGAAAAGCUGUAAAGUAGCCAAAACACUAAAUUUUCUAUGUGGAAUUGUGUGCGAGCAUAACAGUGUUGUAGACCCAUACUUUUUAUGGUGAUAUAUGAAUAAUUAUUGUAAUAAAGAGCCAUUGAAAAACAAA